UCCUGCUCCUGGCGGUUCAUGGCUCGCCCCGCGCCCGGGUGGCGGCUGCGGCCGCUGGCGGCGCUCGCCCUGGUGCUGGCUCUGGCCCGGGUGCCUCCAGCCGGGGCCGGGCAGACACCGCGCCCCGCACAGCGCGGGCCCCCGGUGCGGCUCUUCACCGAGGAGGAGCUGGCCCGCUACGGCGGCGAGGAGGAGGACCAGCCCAUCUACUUGGCAGUGAAGGGAGUGGUGUUUGAUGUCACCUCUGGAAAGGAGUUCUAUGGCCGAGGAGCCCCCUACAAUGCCUUGACUGGGAAGGACGCCAGCAGGGGCGUGGCCAAGAUGUCCCUGGAUCCUUCGGACCUCACGCAUGACACCACGGGCCUCACGGCCAAGGAGCUGGAGGCCCUGGACAACGUCUUCAGCAAGGUGUACAAGGCCAAGUACCCCAUUGUGGGCUACACGGCCCGCAGGAUCCUCAACGAGGACGGCAGCCCCAACCUGGACUUCAGGCCGGAGGACCAGCCCCACUUCGACAUAAAGGACGAGUUUUGACGUCCACCUGCAAGCGGCCGGUUCUAGGGGGUGAGGGCACAGGUCAAGUGCCCCACGGACUACUGGGGCAGCCUCCGAGGCCUAACUGGGACACCGCUGUGCACUGUCCUUGGUCAGGGGCUGGGCCUGAUGGCGCGACCCAGGCGCCAGCCCCCGGGGCGGUACUCAGCUGCAGUGUCAAGCCAGCAUCGCCAUCCGGGCUGUGGGGCUGUGAAGGACCUUCCCGCUCCUUCACGUCUGUGCUCCUCACACUCCCCCACGGCCCUGUUUACUUUGUAGUGAGGAUAAAAAUAAACAUCCCAGGAUGCAGAAGGUU